AUGCCUUCCCAUCCGCGGGUAGAAGAAGUCGAGGACAGCGACCUUGAAAUGUCCGACCCCUCCGAGGGCGACAUCGACGACUUCGCCGAAUCCGACAUCCUCGUCCAGCGCGGCGCUCCUCCCGCCUACGCCUCCAAAGUGAUGCCAGGCCCCUCCUUUACCCCUCUCUCCGCCGCCCACCGCGCGCAAGCCGAAAAGCAACACCAACAAUUCCAAGCUUCCCAGGCCGCCCAGGCCGCCCAGGCCGCCGCCGCCGCUCAACAACGACAACAACCCCCUCCCCAGUAUACCCAACGACAAGCCUACACCCAACCCCCCGGCUAUCCCGAAAUGCAAACCACUACCGACGACUCAGCCUACAAGUCCUUCCAGUGUCUCUACCCCUGCUACUUCGACGCCACGCGCUCGCGCGCCGAAGGCCGCCGGGUGUCCAAAGAGCUGGCGGUCGCCAACCCGCUCGCAACCGAAAUCGUCAACGCCUGCGCGCAGCUGCGCCUCUCCGUCGUGCUGGAAGCCGGCAAACUGCACCCCAAGGAUUGGGCCAACCCGGGUCGCGUGAAGGUCAACCUGAAGGAAUUCAUCCGGUUGCACGGCGAGAACGGGAAGGUCAAGAAUAAACACCACUUGUAUAUCCUUGUGGCGCAGCAUUUGCAGAAACACCCUACUACCGAUGAUUCGCCCGCGCUGAGAGUGGUGGUUAGAGGUGCGGGUCCCCCGCCGAGGGAGAUGCUGGAGGAGGGUAAGGCGUGGCCGAGGCCGGCGGUGCCGAGGGGCUGGAAGAUGAGUGAGUUGUUGCCGAAUUUUUUGAAGGAUAUGAUGAAGGAGAUGGGACCGGGUGGGAUGCCGGGUAUGCCUGGUAUGCCUGGGGGAGCGGGCGGUGCGGGAGGAGGAGGAAUGCCGGAUAUGGCGAGUUUGUUGCAGGGUAUGGGAGGGAUGGGAGGAUUGGGUGGUUUGGCGAAUAUGCUGGGUGGUAUGGGCGGUAUGGGAGGUGGUGGUGCGACGAGUCCGGGGGCGGGUAGCGGGAGUGAGGCGGCGGGGAAGAAGAAGGGGAAGGGGAAGAAAUAG